AUGACAGAUUUUGAUGUCAUUUUAGUACCAACAGCGGAUGCCUUCCAUUUAUUAAACUUUCCAAUUACUUAAAUGAAGGAGUUUGAAUCUGUUUACAAGAUUGAUAAAAUUAAUUACAAACCAAUAUCCACUCAUAUUGAAUUACUCUAUGCAAAUACAACAUAGGGAGAUCAGAGAUUGGAAGAAAGGGUCAAAUUUAAUUCAUAGAUUAUUAAUAAUCGCACUUAUUAUGCAUUGACCAAAUUAGAUGAACAUAAUAAGAAAAUAUAUCUUUAUAUCAUAACUAAUUUUUAAAAUAUGCGUGUUUAAACAAUUAAAGAUAUAGAUGUUCAAGCACAACCAUAAUAACAACAAUAAUCACAAUAACAAUAAUAACAAUAAUAACAAUAACAAUUAUAAAAGAAAUAUUAUAAACAUUAUUAAGAAAUCAAAUCCAAAGAGACAACAGUUGAAUUGAAGCUAUAAAAUAUGAAUUUAGAGAAUCCAAAAAAUAUACAAUCAUCUAAAUAGAUGUCUUCAGAUGAAUAUAUGAAAUAUAUUUUCGAUAGUUGA